CUAAAUGGCUUCACCAAAUCUGCUGCAUUAAAACACUUCCUAAAAACAGUUCUGUUUCUAUCCUGAAAAAAACAAACAAAUAAAAAAAACCAAUGUGUGUGUGUGUGUUUGAGUGUGUGCUUUCACAAUUGACACAGGCAUGCCACAACUGGAAUGAGGAAUGGGUGUGUUCAUGCAGGCAGAGCCGGAGCUAUGUCGGUGGUCGUGUUUUACUCCAGUGUGAGCGGAUCUUUGGAGGUGAAAAAGCGCCAAGAGAGGAUCAUGUCUGUGCUAAGUUCCAAGAAAAUCAAAUACAGAGCCGUCGACAUCACGCAGAAUCCUGAAGAUAAGGAUUUAAUGAGGAAAAUAGCUAACAACCCAAAAGCACUCCCUCCUCAAAUCGCCAAUGAAUCCACUUACUGUGGAGAUUACGAAGCAUUUGAGAAUGCCAUUGAAGUGGAACAGUUAGAAGAAUUCCUAAAACUUUGAAGUAUUGAUCACUAAUGCCUGCUGUGGUGAUGGAAUAAGCUGUUUCUUUUGAUGAGAGAUGUUUCAUUUUUGUUCGAUUCAAAUAAAAAAUUAAAAAGGAGAACAAUGCUUACAUAUAAUCAAGUCUCAUCUCAUCUGAAAUAUUCUGGUUGUUAAAAGGAAAUAAUUGGUUAAAAUCUUUGAAAUAAAUAUAUUGAAAAGUUGGAAUGAAUGUGGUAUUGUUUUUUUUUUCUUUCUUUAUAUCUGUCUUUCCCAUGAAAACAAAGUGACUGUCCUCCCACAAGUAUAACUUAAUUUGCUAUCUUAAAGACAAUUGUUAUCUAUCAAAUAAUAAAAAAAAAUAUUGACACAAUUGUGUCUUUUUAAUGGCAACCAACCACUGUUGCCCAAAUUCUACUUCUUCCAGGAUGCAUAAUGAAUACAAAUAAAGAAGAAGCUCAAAUGUAAAAGACAUGCAAUUUCAAUUUGAACAAAAAGUACAUGCAGUUAGAACUACACACUUGUGAAAAGUUUGUCUAAUUUUAGGCAGGUAUCAUUAUAAGUGAUUUUAAAAACAAAAACUUUUAGAAAAGAAGCAUAAACUGAGAUAAUGUAAGAUAGUUUCAUUUGACUUUUAUAUAGACAGUGAUUUCUCCCC